GUUGCCGGCGUCAGUGACAUGGCAAGUUUGACUUACUUAGUCCUCAAUACACUUGUUUCGUCGGUGUCACCUGUCGAGGGAAUCAUAAUUGUGAUAGAAGAUGUCUCUAGACUCUGAAGUUCGUAAGAGAUCCGACAUGAUGGAAGAAACUGGCCCAGAUCCAGAUCCUGUUAUAACAUCGUCAGGAAGUACGAUGAAAACCACAACCAUAACUUGCAAGAACAAUCGUAAAUGGCUACUUUUAAACACACAUUUGAACGCUGUUAUUUAUUCUUCCUGUUUCUGGGUUCAGAUUGGAGUUUUACCGUAUUUAUCCAAGAAGCUUGGAGCUGACCCAGUAGUCUUUGGCUACCUUCAGACCACAUUUGCUGUGGUGCAGUUGUGUGGUGGACCAAUAUUUGGAAGAUUUGGAGAUAUUUUUGGAAGCAGAGCUGCCCUGGUUUUGUCUUUUAUGGCAGCAGCCAUGAGCUACACGAUUCUUGGUUUGGCAUCAACUGUAAGCAUGCUGUUUCUGUCAAGACUCCCUUCCAUUUUCAUGCAUGCAAUGCAAGGAUCACAAAUGGUUGUCACAGAUAUCUCAGAGAAGGAAGGUCGGGCAGAUGCACUUGGCAAACUGGGUGUGUCUUAUGCCAUCGGCAUGGUGAUAGGUCCUUUUGUUGGAGGUCUGAUCACAAAGAAGUAUGGAGAGCAAUCAGCGGCAUUCUUUGCUGCAACAUUUUCAUUCAUUAGCAUAAUUAUCUCACUACUUUUCAUCCCAAGAAAUACGAAAGCAUUAUCACCACAGGAGAAAUCUGCUGAAAAGCUUGAAGCAAAUAACAAGGAACAACCUGCAAGUGUUUUUAGCAUCAAGAAGAUCCUAGAACUUUUGCAUAUACCAACUGUGUUAUAUUUAAUUACCAUCAAAAUCAUCACAGGAAUCCCAUUUGGAAUUUUCCAGUCUAUGUUCUCAUUAGUGUCCAUGGAAUUUUUCAAGUUGGAGCCUCAGCAGAAUGGCUUUGUCAUGUCAUAUGUUGGGGUACUUUCAAUAGUUGCUCAAGGACUUAUUGUGGGUGUCUUGUCAAGAAGAUUUAGUGAGCCUUUUCUAUUGAGAGGAGCCAUUUGUGUGAUAGCAUCAGCAUAUGGGCUUUUGUACAUGGUGACAGACAUUUACCAGUUUUGCAUUGUAAUCAUCCCAAUGGUAGUUGGUGGGACAACACUGAAUGUCAUCACAACGUCAGCCAUGACAAAAAGUGUGACAGUCACUAAAACAGGUGCUGUGUUAGGUCUCUCCAUGGCAACCAACUCCCUUAUACGAACUGUCUCCCCAACCAUGGGAAGUAUCAUGUACAAGAACUAUGGUUGGCCCUCAAUUGGUCUCUUGGGACUUGUGGUGAAUGCUGCAGUUGCCUUGUUUUUAUUUUACCAUGGAAAAGACUCAUUUUAGUCACAAAGCUUUGGAUACACUCAGUUGUUGGUAGACCUUGAGUUGAGGUAUUUUCAUGUAUGCCAACAUUUUUACUGCAACACUGAUGUGUCGUAUCAUAAUUUAACUCUUGAGAGUACAAGACAAAAUCUGCCAGAGUUUUCUAUGAAAAUUGAAGAUGUCAAAAAAGUUUUCUGUGGUGAAUUUAGAUCAGUCCAUGAUCAUGACUUGCUUUGAAACCAGUUUCCCAUUUUUCUGUACUUGGUAGAUGACCCUUGUGUUUUGCUCACCUUUAAACUACAAUACGCAAAUAACUCUUCACACUUAUGUCUGUGGCUGCUAGAGUUUGAGGCAUACAUGCCUACAUUUUAAUGUGCUCCAGGGAGAAUAAGAUAUUUACAAAUUAUUCCUCUUGUUCACAUAUAGUUUUAUCAGUCAAUAAUUACUUCAUUACUUACAAAAUAUAUUAGCUAUCACCAGUAGAACCUCAACAUAGAUUCCCUUAUCAUCCUUGUGCGGUAUUCUACCAGCCACACUGGUUCAAUAUGGGAUCUAUAUUAUUCCUUUUUUAUUGACAUCAUGUGAACAUUAUUAAACUACAUAAGGCUACAUGAAAUUUCAUUGGCACCAUAGGAACACUAACAUUACUUUCCACUGUCACAGAUGUUAUGAAUUGAUGAAACUCAGCAGUGCAGACAAAAAUAGAUUAACCAUUGAAGAGGUUAAGUUCUUGUGUCUGGGCAUCCCAUUAAAUUAAUUUGACUUUUCAUUCAUAGGGAAUGACCAUUUGAAAAUAAAUUUUCAGAAAUUUUCUGCAGACGAAUACCAAAUGAAAUUGAAUUAAUUCUAAACAUCCAAAAAAAAAAAAAAAGGGGGGGGGUUGUGUCAGUUUAAGCUGUAUAUUAGUAGCAAUACGUAUCUGUUAAAAUGUUUCCUAUGAUCAAGACUAAAUUAUUAAAAAUAAGUUCCUAGUUGCUAAAUGUUAAAAUUCUACUUCUACUUUAAAAAUGAUUGAGUUGUAAAGUUCACCAGUUUGGUGUGUCCUUGUUGUUGUUGUUGUUAUUAUUGAUUUUAACCCCUUCUAGCUGUUAUACCUUUCCUUGUAAAUUAGUUAUGAGAAUUUGGUGUUAGAUAAGGAUAACAAAUUCUACCUGAUAAGUUUGAGAAUUCUCAUUACCUGUUUGCUGGAUAAUGUAAGGAUAUUAUAGGGAGAAGUUUCAUGUUAAUCACUUCAUGGAGUUAAAGGGUUGAACAGAACAAUUCUGACCCAAACAGGACUAAAAGUAUUGCUCUCUUUGUGUAGUGGUCUCUUCAAAAAUUCUUGUCAUGCCUUCUAAUGACCUUGUGUGACAGAAAUGUUCUCUUCAUGUCAAAUAUAAGGAGUAUGAUAGUUCAUGCCAUUAUAUUCUCAAUGGUAAUAACAAAAAAAUAAGAAAAAAAAUGAUAAAAAUACUUCUGCUUCCAUUGCCUUCCUUCUGAUGAUGUGACAGAUCAGUGUCAGUAUCUGAGCAACUGCACACACCCAACCCCUCCCUCAACCCAACAACAGUCAACUGAUAACAAGUAG